UCCAUUUCCAAUCUUUAUGCAAACCAGAAUCUAGCCAAUAUUAAAUUAAUUGGAGUAAUCCAUGAAAUUUCCGCACUAUAUACAAACCGAGUAGAAGAGAGCUGACAACACUAUCAUCCAUUUUAUCUUAGGUCAUAUUCAUCUCUGUUCUAUUUCUCUUUGAAUUAUAACCAAAAUCUGACGACAAAAAUGGCUGAUGCACUCAUCUCCGUGCUUCUGGAGCAAUUGGCUUCAGUAGUUUAUCAACACACAAAUCAAGCGGUGAAACUGGUUUUGAAUGCUGAGAAAGACGUUGAAAGUUUCAGCAGCAAGCUCAAAGCAAUCCAGGCUGUGCUUGAGGAUGCAGAGAAGAAACAAGUGACAGACCCUAGGGUGGAAGACUGGUUGGAGAAGCUGAAAGAUGUGUCGUACGAAAUGGACGACGUGCUAGAUGAGUGGAACACUGAAAUUCUCAGACGGCAAGUGGAGGAGAAGCAAGAGAAGGAAGGAGAAAAUGCUAAUGUUACAAGGAAGGUAUGUUUCCCCAUGUCCUCUGUUUGCUUUUGUUUUGGCCAAGCCAAUGAGGUCAUUCAUCGUCAUAACAUAGCUAGAAGGAUAGGGGAACUGAAUGAGAAGUUAACUUCGAUUGCUAAUGAAAGAGAAAUGUAUGGCUUUCAUCAGUCCACAAAAGGUGGCCCUGAUGAUCAGCAGCUUAUUCAACUACAGAAGACUUCAUCUUUGGUCGAUAUAUCUACGAUAUUUGGCCGAAAAGAAGAAAAAGAGAUGUUGUUGAGCAAGUUGUUGAGAGAGAGUAGCCUAGAAGGGGGACGGUUCCUUCUCAUUCCUAUUGUAGGGAUGGGAGGGAUGGGGAAAACAACUCUUGCCCAAUUAGCUUAUAAUGAUGGAAAGGUUACAAAUCAUUUUCAUAAGAAAGUAUGGGUUUGUGUCUCGAGCCCUUUUGACGAGAUUAAGAUUGCCAAAGCGAUCAUUGAGAAUCUAGAUAAAAAUGAAACCCAAAAGAGUUCAAAUGAGUUGGAAACUCUAUUACAAUGUAUAAUGUCACACGUUAAGGAUAAGAAGUUCCUUCUUAUCCUAGAUGAUGUGUGGACGGAAAACCCAAAAGAGUGGGAAAGUUUGAAACUACCAGUAAUAAUGCAAAGUUGUGCUGAAGGUAGUACAAUACUAGUGACCACGCGAAAACAAGAGGUUGCUAAAAUGAUGGGAGCAAACAGUAGCAUGAUCUAUUUAGACAAGUUGAGCGAUAGGGAUUGUCUAGCAUUGUUCAAUAGCAUCGCAUUUUUGGAUAGGAAAGAAGAUGAGGCUGCUGGAUUUGGAGCUAUUGGUGAGGAAAUUGUGAAAAAGUGUAAAGGUUUGCCUCUUACUGCAAAAACUUUAGGCAGUCUAGUGCGGUAUAAGAAAACAAGAAAGGAAUGGCGAUAUGUUCUGAAUAGUAAGAUAUGGGAAUUAGAGGAAGUUAAGGAACAAGUUUUCCGACCACUAUUACUAAGUUAUUAUGAUUUGGCCCCAGCAGUCAAAAGGUGUCUUUUGUAUUGUGCUAUAUUUCCCAAAAAUUAUAAUCUCAAAAAAGAUAAUUUGAUUGAGCUUUGGAUGUCUCAAGAUUAUCUUAAUUCAAAGGAAAAUAAAGAAAAGAGAAGAGAAGGUCAAUAUUAUUUUGAGAGUCUAGCAAUGCGAUAUUUCUUCCAAGAUUUUGUGGUAGAUGAGAUGGGAAAUAUUGAAAGGUGCAAAAUGCAUGAUAUUGUGCAUGACUUUGUGCAAUUUCUUACAAAAAAAGAAUGCAUUAUUAUAGAAGUAGUUAAAGGUGACAAUCAAAUAGUGGAGCUACGGGGUGAAAAUGUGCGUCAUUUGACCCUAGCAAAUGUACCCAAAGGUCCACUUUCAUUUCCUAGUUCAAAUAGUGACAGAUGCGUAAAUGUGCGUAGCCUCACACUCGUUGAUUCAAGCAUUACAACCAUAAAGCCUGGUUCAGUUUUGCAAAUGAAAAGCCUUAGGACAUUGAAUUUGAGUGGUAAUUAUGGCCUCACUGAACUUCCAAAAGAGGUGGGUGAAUUGAUUCAUUUGAGAUAUAUGGAUUUGUCUCAUAAUGUGUAUUUGAAAGAGUUACCGGAUGCUGUGUGUGAUUUAUACAAUCUACAGACUCUGGUUCUUAUACAGUGCAUGAGUCUUGAGAAACUACCCAAGGCAAUGGGAAAGUUGAUCAACUUAAAGCAUCUAUAUGUUGCCGAGUGUCUGGUGCUGAGGUACUUACCAAAAGGGAUUGGGAGUUUGAAAAGUCUGCAAGCACUAGACUGCUAUCGUGUAUGUGAGGGUGAAGCAGCAGCAUUGAAAUUAGGAGAUCUCGGAAUCAUGGACCAGCUUCAGGGGAGCCUUGUGAUAGGUGGAUUUGGGAAUAAGGAUGAUGCGAGUGAGAUUGAGAAAGCACAGUUGGGGAAUAAGGAGCACCUCUCUCAUUUGCGAGUAUAUUUCGCGUUUCAUUUUGAAGAGGGCUCGCAGAGAAAAGGUGAUUCAGAAAUAGUGAAAGCAUUGCAACCACAUCAAAAUUUGGAAUCUUUAUCCAUUUGGCAUUGCUGUGGCACCACCGAGUCUCUCUAUUGGAUCAAGUCUUUACACAAUUUGAGAAAAGUUGAUCUCGGUUUUUGGACAUUUUGUGAGUUUUUGCCUCCUCUUGGAAAACUGCCAUCGCUUGAAAUUCUGGAAAUUGGUGGGAUGGGGAAAGUGAAAAAGGUGGGAGUUGAAUUUCUGGGAAUAGAAGAAGAAGAAGAAACCGAAACGACUUUCUCAGGAAUUCUAUUCCCCAAAUUGAAACGACUUAUUUUCCGUGGCAUGGCCGAGUGGGAAGAGUGGGAAGGAAUAACAGAGGAGGAGGAUUCUUCUUCUUCUUCUUCUUCUGAAAUUACAAUAAUGCCUCGCCUUUCUUCCUUGCAAAUUCUGAGGUGCCGAAAGCUCAAAGCACUGCCAGACUUCCUGCACAAGAUAACAACACUGCGUACUUUGGAGAUCACGGCUUGUCCGAUUCUCAAACAAGACUACCAACAAGGCGUGGGGAAGGAGUGGCACAACAUUUCUCACAUCCCAAACAUCACAAUUCAAUCUGAAUGGUAUUAAUGAACCUGAAUCUGAAUGAAGUUUGAUGACUCGCUGCCCAAAUACAAAGAGAAUCCCAACAAUUGAUUGAAGUGCCUCUCACCUAAACUAGGCUGAAGCUUUUGUGGAAUGGAUGCUGACAGCGAUUUGACUAGUCAUUGGGGUUUGAAAGCUUUUUCUGCAAUCUGUAUCUUAACAGUGGUUUAACAAUUGGUAUUUGUGCGACUGACCGGUUCAAAUCUGGCCACCUCAAUGGUUGAAGGAUGCUUUGAAGGACUGUGUAUCAAAUGGUCUUCCACCAUAAAGGAAAUUUGGAAUGCAUUUAACUGAAUGAAUUGGCCCUUAGCUAAACUAGGCCGAGGGUUUGUGAGGAAUGGAUGCGGAUGCUGAAUGGAAUAUAAUAGGUACAUGGGAUUUGCAAGCUUUAUGUACAAUCUGCAUCCUAACAAUAGACAUGGAGCUCGGAGAUAUGGUGUUUCAGUAGCUGUACUCAGACUGAAAAAUUGAGUUGACAUCCUCUCCACCAAGCCGUUCCACCUCACCAUCGUCAAAGUUCUAUAUUAACAUGCGUUUGAAGCUGUCACUGAUUGCUGGGGACCUAGGGUGUUGAUGAUGAUCAGUAUCUCUUCGUGGACAUUUUGGUGAACACAUUGUAUGCAGGAGCUUUUGACUGAUUAAAGAGGCUGUUAACUAAGCUAGGCUGAAGUCUCUUGUGGAACUGAAACUGAUUGGGUACAGGACUCUAUCUGGUCAUAUCAAUCAUUAACCACAGCUGCCUGCUGUAUUCUGUUCUAUUAUUUGAGGAAGAUCAGCUGUUGUUCGUGCUGUGCAACAUAUACCCAAAGAAGCUGAGGGUCAUUACGAGGAUAUCCAAGAAAGUGCAAUUCCGGAACGCUACUGAUGCAUUGAUAAUGACCAACAAAUGCGAUGGUUUUUUGCUUCGCGACUCUGAUUGCUCAUAUGAAGACAGAGAUAGAUGCUAGUCGUGGUAAAGACAUCUCUCAAGGGCAACAAACUCAGAUCGCUCGAAAUGAACAAAGAACAGAACAGAUUCUGGAAGAGCUUGAAAAUUUGGAAGAGACACUGAAAAACAUGGAAUGAGAGUAGCCGAGAAAGUUUAGGUGCACGUGUAGGGAAGCAAUCUCAUGGUAAGAAGAAAGGAGCAAUUGAAGAAGAAGAACUUUUGAGUGAUGAUGAUGAACCUAAAGAAGCCUUCAAGCAAAAUGGCCAGUGAAAACCAAUCAAUUGAAACCUCUAAUACUCUUUUUGAUAAGAGAGAUGAAGAAAUCCUUCGUAUGCGAGGAUUUUGCCGACCACUGCUCGUCCAAGACAUAUGCUUCUUUUUACUCUACUUUCAUACUAGUUUUUACUUCAUACGCUAUUUGCGAGUUGAAGCCCGCGUCCAUCGAUGCGAGAUGUGUUUCAUAUCAAGAAUGCAUACAGUCAUACUAAUGUGACAAAUGGUUAUUUCACUUUAGGAAAAAAAAUUGAAAAUAUAUAUAUAGAGGGGUGCCACUUCCCCAACCCAACCAAAGAAGAGAAGUGCCAUUUGUAUAUUUUCUAUAUUAACUUCUUCCUAUUUUACUAUAACCUUAUUACAUGUCAAUAGAGUAUUCUAUCAUCUAA